AUGGUGCCAAAACCAGAUGGUACCCAGCAGUUAUGUGUGGCCAGUCACAAAGUCAAUGCAGUUACAAAGCCGGAUACAUAUCCAAAUCUGCGGUUGGAUGAUUGUGUUGAGAAGGUGGAACAAGCAACUUACUCUCACACCUUGCAGUAUCGCUUCCUCUGUAACUACCAACUCCCGGAGCUGCCGGAUCUCUCGGUGGUCGGCAUGCUGGAUGACCUUCAGACCGAGUACUAUGACAGCUCCCUCAAGCGGACCGAACCCAGGCAGCAAUGGAUGACCGCCGGGGUCCCGGAAGUGUACUGGCUGGAGCAGACCAAGGUGGCUGAUACAAUUCAAACGCACAUCUUCAGGAAAAUCGCUCCGUUUGUCACCAUGUUCGGUAUCACAUACAUCCAGGGUGUCCUGGGAUGCACAGUGGAAAAUGACCAAAGCACCAGGAUGUUCAUAAAGAUAAACGUCAAUGAGUUUGGAGAUAUUGAAUGUGACAUGGUCACAGUGCGUUGCUGGGGGACGGGUGUACUUACUUUUCUGACUGCAGAGUUUGAAGACGUCAUCAACGAUCUCACUUUUAUCAAGUUGCUGAACACCAGUUGUGUUGAAGGACUCUACACCACACUUCGAGCUGGUAAAACAGCCCUGCAAAGAAAAGUUGCUCCCCAGGUGCUGGUUUUCAGUUUGAACUCCAAUGCAGAGAUGUCCACACCUCUCCUGUGCCUCAUCACUGCCUUCUAUCCCCGUGCCAUCAGUGCCAUGUGGCUGCACAAUGGAGUGCCAGUUUCAGAGGACCUCACAGUGAUGGUUCUGCCAAACCAUGAUGCCACAUACAGAAUGGAGAUCCUCAUUGACAUCAAGAACAAUGACCCAAGUGGCUACUCCUGCCAGGUUCAGCAUCGCAGCUUGUCCAAGACACUGACAGUAAUGUCUGGAGUCGGUCGUGUCAGUCACAGUAUUUGGCCUGGCCCAGCGCUGUGCCUAUUCACCAUGUUGGCAAUGGCGGUAGGCGCGGUGUAGUGGACAAGUGCAACGAGGAGUGUGGGAAAGGUGCGAGCUCAGAGAAGCAUUAAUUGCUGAGGCGUUGCUCGUCUCUCGCCAGUUGCCCAGCGCUGAAUCCAUGACUUCGAGGCUAUUUCAUGAAAGCAAACUUGAACUGUUUCAAUGUCACCUCUAACACGACCAUCCACUGGACUUUCCUGAUUUGCAUUGCUUAUUUCUUUCUAAUAAAUUUUGAAAUGUUUGUUAA